GAGCUAAGCCAGCUUCGCUUGGGCGUUUGCCGCCGGCAGAAUUGCAACACCGCUUUUUGCCUCUGAAGCCGGGCGCCCGUUUUUUGGAGUUGCAUUCGGCCGAUUCCCAAGGGCUCCCCUGCAUUCCUUCCCCGUAUAAAGGCUGUAUAAUGGGGGCGGGAGAGGUGACCCGCGGAAGGUGAGCCCCCGUUUUCCCCUCCCUCCCCCCCCCCCCAUCGAACUGAAGCCGCGAGCGCGCCUCCAGUGACUUGGCUCUCCGUCAGCUAGGGUUACUCCCGGAUAUUAAAGGGAUACAACUGCCCCUCACCUUGCACAGAAUGGGCUGCUGACUGCUGUAAAUGAGGGCAGAUAUUCAGACUGGAUUUGACAUUGCUGUCUACCUAUCGAGUCCUUCCCAAGGACCUGGGAUAGGCAGAUGUGGGUGUCUGAUGGUGUUACAUGUAUCAUUGCAGAAUGUAAGCUGUUCCAAAUAAAGCUGCCUUUUGCAAUUGACCAGUGGUGAAUGUGUUAAUGCCUAUGGUAUUCAAGUGAUGCUCCAGAUAUUUUAGGAUUGCAUCCAAAGAGAUGAUGAUUACUAUUAUCGUUGUUGUUGUGGUUCAUUGUGCACAGAUGUUUAGACUGAAUUUGGAAUUUUUGUUCAGCUAUCGACUUGUUAUUGCUGUUGUUAUUGUUAUUAUUAUUAUUCCCCCCAAGAGUCACUAUUAACAAGGUUUGCAUUUGGUGAUUUGGCAUUUGCUAGACUCACAGAAAAUUUUUAAGAAAAGUACAUGUAAAGACUUAGCAGAUGCAUCCACGCAAUUUAAGCUUGGUUAAUGUCAGCCUUCAUUUGUUUCCUAACUUAGCAUAUUGUGAAAACCUGGCUUGGUUGGUUAUUUAUGCUUUAACAUAUUUUGUGAAGCCAAAAAAUGGGUGACUUCAGAAGCAGAUUAUGGACAUUGUGUGAAUGGACUCUGGGUAGAAGUGUUUUUUUCUCUUUAGAGUAUUUUUAAAGCUUCUCAAGCUAAAUUUUUAAAUGUUACAUUCCAUAUUCAUGUUUUUAACAUUUUAAUUGUACCGCGUCCAGAGUCCGUCUGUGAGGGAGAUGGGCAAUUUCUAAACAUACUAAAUACAAUAAAUAAAAUAAAUGAAAAACAUUAAUUAAUUGUAGCUGAAGGUGGAAAGUGAGUUUCGAAUUAGGUCAAUCCAAUAAUUGUACAAAUGACGGUCAGGCUUUCAGCAGGAGGAAAGGCUGAGCCUCACUUUGGACUAGCAGCCUGACAAGGCAGUUGGAUCAAACCAAAACAAACAACACCGAAAGCUGGAAAUCAAAAUUUGCUAUGUGCAGAGCUUACAAUGUGGCAGAUGAAGAAAUAAAAUGUCUCAUUGGGACCCCCUGAAAUCUCUCUUAUAGGGUGAUUUCUCCAUGAAUUUUGCUUCCUCAUAAAAAGAAAGUAGGGAUGACUAAGAAAGAAGACCCAAAGGUGGGGGGGAAUGCCUUCUUCCUAUCAACUGUUUGCAAUCUGAUGCCCUUUAGAUGUAUGGGACUUCAGUGCCCAUAAUCCUCAGCCCAGGAAGCUAUACUAGGCGAAAUUGCCUAUCUUCUCACUUCUGCAAUAGGAGGCUUGGAGUGAGAACCCAUUGAUUGUGGAUGGUGCUUUUGGUCAGUCAAGGAGCGGCCCCUGCUUAGGCCUGGAGGCUCUGCAGGGAUGAGAGACCACCCGGAAACCCUAGGGCGAGAAUCAAAGGCUUGUUAUCUCAUGAGCAAUGUAUGUGGUCUUCUAGUCCUCUGAGCAUGGCUGUGCCCGUGGAAUAGCAAUCGCCUCAGCUGUAAAUGCUAGAAAAUGGCAGCAGAGAGCCACUCCCAUGUUUCGGCUGAGGAAACUGACAUGGGGCCCUCAUUUCCUCUUUCGUUUGCCCCUGAAGAUGAUGGUGCUGCAAUAUCAGUUUUGAGCUGAUUUUACAUCAGAUGAUGAGGCGAUAGGAGAACCUUUGUAUGUUGUCGAAGUCCUCCUAAUUCACAACAUUUCUUUGGAAACACGAUGAGUUUUAAAAGCUAACAUAUUGGGCUCUUAUUGAGGUGACUCUCCAGUAACUCAGAUGCCGCAGUAUGCAUCUAAAAUGAACAUUUUUCCUGAAAGACAAAUGUUGAAGUCUCACAGGAGAACUUAUUUAAAAACUCAAAUCUUUAAUUGGAAUCAUAUAUAAAGAAGUGAACCAGAAUGUAUGUUAAUUCUAGAAGAGUUAGAAAAUAUCAGUUUGUGCACAUUUUUGCCACUUGUUUUGUUCUGUGCUUCAUGUUUUUUUGGGUAGAACUUGAUAGCCCUACGUUUGUGCAGUACAUGAAAUCUCUCUCGUACAGAUACCUCAUAAAGAGCUAUGCUUUUGUGAAUGACAGUCUAACGAUUAGCAGAUGUAACAGGGUAGCAAGGCAUCGGUAUUUGAUCAAUCACGAGGAGAAAUGUCAAGGGCAAGAUGUUUUCCUCCUGAUCUUUGUAAAGAGUUCACCUGAAAACUACCAGAGGAGAGAUGCAAUUCGACAAACAUGGGGUAAUGAAGAAUACGUUCAUCACUAUCAGAAUGCCAACAUAAAGGCCUUAUUUGUUUUAGGACAAUCAAGAAAUUUUUCACUGGGAAGUGAAAUGCAAAUGAGGCUGGAAAGGGAAGACGAGAGGCAUGGAGAUCUGAUCCAACAAGACUUUUUGGAUACUUUCUACAAUCUUACCUACAAAUUACUGUUGCAGUUUAGCUGGGCAAACAACUUCUGCCCACAUGCCAAGUUUGUCAUGUCAGCCGAUGACGACAUAUUUAUCCACAUGCCAAAUCUUAUUGCAUACCUCCAAAAUCUAGCACAUAUUGGGGCUCAGGGUGUUUGGGUUGGGUAUGUCCAUCAUGCAGCACCUCCCGUAAGGAAUAAAAAAAGCAAAUAUUAUGUUUCCUAUAAAAUGUACCCAUGGCCUGUCUAUCCUGACUACACAGCUGGAGCUGCAUAUGUUCUAUCCAGCGACGUAGCUGCUAAAGUAUACCAAGCCUCUCAGACUCUUAAUUCAAGUUUUUACAUAGAUGAUGUUUUCAUGGGACUUUGUGCCAACAAAGUGGGAAUUGUACCACAGCAUCACCCCUUCUUUUCUGGAGGAGGAAAGGCUCCACAUCAUCCUUGCAUUUACGACAAAAUGAUUACUUCUCAUGGACAUGUGGAAGACCUUCAGUAUUUUUGGCGACAGAUUACAGAUCUAAAAAUGAAAAACAUUUCUUCUGGAGUUUGGGGUAACAUAUAUUGCAGAAUAGUUAAUAUUAUGCUGCUUUGCAGAUUAUAUAAUUACGAUACAUAUCUCUGUUCAGCUGCUUUUUCCUAAUACUUGAAUAUCAGAAUAGAUUUACUGAGCCACAAAUGAAGGAGGAAGUCACUUGCUUUCUCCAUAACAAAUUAACAUGAACAUAGGAAAAAAAAUGCAAUAAAAACUUGCCUGCAGAAUGCACAGUUCUCCAAAGGUACGUUAUAAUUAUAAAAACAAUUUUCUUAUUAUAAUAAAGUUUCCCACCAGAUAAUUUUAAGAACUGGAUAGAUCUUAAAGUUAACAUUGAUACUUCUCAAUCUGGAACUAUGAAAUUACCAAAUGGAAAUGGAGUUGUUGAUUAGUUGAAAAACAUACAUUUUUGAUAAGUUAAUAUUUGGAGGUUACAAGGAGAAAGAUAAAAUAAUUGCUGUGACAGGAUACUAAUGUAAUAGCAUUUUUUUCCACACACAGAGUACUGUCACUUCUAAGCACAUAAUUACAUUUUGAUCUAAUGUUUUUAGAACUGAAUAGCUCUGUAUGUUUUAUUAGAUGAUCACUCAAGAUGACUUAAACAUCUCUGAUCCUAUAUAAAUGGUGCUAUUGUUGACAUUAAACAUGUCUGGUAAAUUCUGCAAAGCUGUUGUCUUAAUAACAAAAAAAUGAGAAGGGUUUCACCUUUUUUGCAAAAUUUCACAGUUCUAAGUUGCACACUAAACAUAAACAUCAUAAAAUUGAUGGCCCUGUCUCAGUGCUCUAAUCUACAAGGCCCCAUUUGAUUUAUUCAGUUGGUGUUCACUGCAUAUAUAUUAACUCCCCAAUGAUUCCCAUUAAGCAAGAAAUAUUUUUAAGAGAUUAACACUAAAGGUACACUCCAGGAACACAAAUAUGAGCCUUGCAGAACACUUUUAAAAUGUGAAAUAUUUAAUGUUUUUCUUUCAAAAACUAUGAAAUUGGCACAUACAUGAUUAGACAGCAUAAAUAUAUUUUAAAAUAAAUAAACUGUUUUCUGUUCCAGUUUCAUAAAGUCGUUUUCUCUUAAUCAGAAUUUCAAUAAUUUUACUAUUUAUAAUCUUUCAAUUGAAAAAUUCUCCCGUUCUGCAUUUCUUAAUAUGAGUAAAGUAACCACAUCUUCCAUUUACAGAAUGGGAUGAAACCGGGUUGUGUUGUCUGCAUGCCUCUAGGCAUACUUUUCUGUCAAAAUUUUUGCUUUCCUGUUCCUCUCCUCCCUAUGUGGUGAGUUUUGAUGUCGAAAUUAAGGCAGAUUGAAUAUGGAUUUCAUUGGGGGUGAGACUUCUAUGUUAUUCUAACCAGUUUCAAAAUAAUACAAAGCUAACAACUACUGAUAGAUCAUAGACAUAAAAUACUUGAAUAUUGUCUUGCUCUCAAGCAAACAUUUGACUUGUCUAUUGUGUCAGACUAAAUUAAAUGCUUAUGUUUUUGCAGAAUUAUAAAGUAUUAGCUGGUUGUUAAGGAAUAGACUUGUAUAUUUUUAGCACAGAGAAGAAUGUUUAAUCAUUUAAAUACUUUAUGAAAGCAUCCUUUUUUUCCCUUAAGACUCUUAAGCGUGAGCAUCUGAACAUUUAAUAUUUUUAAACAGGAAAUUCUUAGGUUUACUGUGUUCCAAAUGCAGGGCUGUAAUUUCUUUUCUUGAUUUCACAAGUAAUUGAAUUGUUACUCAAGGUAUGUGUUGUUACACAACUGUUAUACUAGUUUUUACCUGUUUGGUUUGCAGCUAUAUUUGAUUAAAAACGAAAGAAAAUUAAGAGCAGCAUUUAUUUAUUCAUGACCCUUUUUCUGCACAGUGUUUUAUAAAAUAUAUAUUUUCAAUAAACAAGUUGUAUAUUUUGUAAAUGUCCUCCUCUAAUUUUUCCAUAAUAACAGUUUCCUCUUGUAAAAUAGAACAUUUGGAAUAUAUUACCUGCUUUUCUUUGAGGCAGCAAUUCCAAUAAUUGUGAAUAGGAUUUCGCGUCCUGUCUUAGGUGGAACAUUUAAACUGUGUGCACAUGAGAUGCUAAGUUAAAAACAUUGGAUAGCAAGUACACACUGUGAUUUUAUCUCCAUUGCAGGCAACUUUAACUGUGUUUCUUGGCACGUUAUUUCAGCCACAAAUUUGGUUUUGGAAACCAGGACAUAUACUUGAAAACAGCCUGAUUUUAUCAAAAGGCCUGAUUUAAUCUCAAUACUCUGAAAUAUUACUGACAGCAAUUUUUCAUGUACUAAGUAUUUUACCUCCUUUGUGGCAGCAAUAAAGUCUGUAUUCUCUUCUGGAUAAAAAGCCCACAGUUAAAGUAUUCAAAUACAGAAUAGAAUAGAAUAGAAUAGAAUAGAAUAGAAUAGAAUAGAAUAGAAUAGAAUAGAAUAGAAUAGAAUAGAAUAG